AUACGGGAGUAAUCCAACGUAGCUCGAGACAUAACCAUCGGGGUACGUCUAUGAGCGGGCUGUCGGUUGUGGAGACUCAACCGGAACCAUCCGACACCAAAAAAGUGCACACUGGAAGAGCCACAAAGCGACAUGCACUCAAGCGAUGACCGAGGCGGCACGGUCAGUCCAAAAGUGGGCGCCGGAGGAAGAGUUCCUGUUGGCAUCGGCUUAGGGCUGACGUCUCCGAGCAUCCUAUCGUUGGUUCGGAGCAAACGAAGAAUGCGAUUUUACGAGGAAUGCGCCCGGUCACGGAGGAGCGGGACGAAUGAUGCUGAUGUUCUCCGGCUUGCCACGGCCCGCUAUCAAGACGACGGACACCAAGGCAAGGUGCCCAUCGAUCUUUGGAGGAUUUUGAGCCGUUCACCAAAAUGGCAAAAUCUCAACAAUUUUGACGCCGGAUCCUCAAAGAAAAGAUCCUCCCUCGACACCGAGAUUGAGAUCGACUCGUCCGAACAAAUGCCUCCCUUCAACGUUGCGGAUUUCGAUGACGAAAACCCCAUUCCACGGCCGAUCGGAAGAAAGAAGACAAAAUCCAUUACCUCGGGUUCUAGAGGUCGAAGAAGAAGGAACGCCAUCUCACUCUUCUCCCUGCUCGCUUCAGCCAUGUCUCAGGAGGGAAAAGGUUUGCCGCCUCAGAAAGAUGAGAGUUCUGGUGCAGCUGAUAGUAAAAAGCCUUCAGAAUCUACUCCUGUAGAGACACUAUCAGCACAGGGAGGAGCACCCUUUGCCCCUGGAUCUGGAAUGGCUAAUCCUUUUGAUUUCUCAGCCAUGACUGGGCUCCUUAAUGACCCAAGUAUUAAAGAACUAGCCGAACAGAUAGCAAAAGAUCCUUCAUUCACUCAGAUGGCCCAGCAACUUCAAGGUACAUUUCAAGGUGUUGCUGAAGAUGGAGUCCCUCAAUUUGAUCCUCAGGAAUACUACUCCACCAUGCAACAAGUUAUGCAAAAUCCACAGUUUAUGACAAUGGCUGAGCGGCUUGGUAACGCGCUGAUGCAGGAUCCUUCCAUGUCCAGCAUGCUUGAUAGUUUGUCAAAUCCUGCCCAAAAAGACCAACUUGAAGAACGAAUGGCACGUGUCAGAGAGGAUCCAUCUUUGAAACCUAUUCUGGAAGAGAUAGAACGUGGGGGUCCUGCUGCAAUGAUGAGGUACUGGAAUGACAAAGAUGUCCUACAGAAGUUGGGUGAAGCAAUGGGGUUCUCUGUUACUGGAGAGACAGACACAUCUGGGGAAAAUGGUGCAGAAGAAACGGAAGAAGCAGAAGAAGCAAGUGAAGAUGAUUCAAUUAUUCAUAUUUGUGUCGGCAAUGGUGAUGAUGAGGGUUUGAGGAAUGCACUUGCUGCUGGUGCUGAUAAAGAUGAAGAAGAUUCAGAAGGAAGGACAGCACUGCAUUUUGCUUGUGGAUAUGGGGAGGUGAAGUGUGCUCAAAUUCUUCUUGAAGCUGGGGCAAAGGUUGAUGCUUUGGACAAGAACAAGAACACUGCUCUCCAUUAUGCUGCCGGGUAUGGCAGAAAGGAGUGUGUUUCUCUUCUGCUAGAGAACGGUGCUGCUGUGACUUUUCAAAACAUGGACGGUAAGACACCGAUAGAGGUUGCGAAACUGAAUAACCAGCAAGACGUCUUGAAGCUCCUCGAGAAGGAUGCAUUUCUAUGAGAAGCUGCAAAAGCAUUUCUAGUACCAAUAUUGCACUGAGCUGUAAUCAAACUAUACUCUCAUGGAAGAAAUGCUUGGCAUAUGAGAUUUAUAGUGUGGUUUGAAAAAUCAUUUCCUUUACUGCCAUUUCUUUAUUUUCCCGUGCAAAUGGUUUAUCUCUUUGUAUAAUUGAUCAAGAAAGGUGGACAGUUAUAGCAUUAUAAUAAGAUUAGUUUUACCAA